AUGGUUUCAUUGUAUGUUGAUGACUUGCUGGUUACAGGAAACAACACAGAUCAUAUUCAGAAUUUCAAACAAGAGAUGAUGAAGACGUUUGAAAUGACAGAUCUGGGGUUCAUGUCAUACUUCCUUGGCAUGGAGAUUAAGCAAGGGCAAGAUGAAGUUUUCAUAUGCCAGAAAAAAUAUGUAAAGGAAAUACUGAAGAAGUUUCAGAUAGAUGAAUGCAAGGUAGCAAGAACUCCAAUCAAUCAAAAAGAGAAGCUAUGCAAAGAAGAUGGUGUUGUCAAAGUUGAUGAAGGAUAUUUUAGAAGUUUGAUUGGUUUCCUGAUGUAUCUCACAACAACAAGGCCAGACAUUUUGAAUGUUUUCACAAGAAGCAAGGAGUUCAAGCUGGUUGGUUUUUCUGACAGUGACUGGGGAGGUUCCAUUGAUGAUAUGAGGAGCACUUCAGGCUAUUGUUUUACUCUUGGCUCUAGUGUUUUCUCAUGGAGCUCAAAGAAGCAAGAAAUUGUAUCCCAAUCCAUUGCCGAAGCAGAGUUUAUUGUUGCAAUAGCUACUGUUAAUCAAGCUUUAUGGCUAAGAAAAUUUUUAUUUGACCUUGAUUUUGAGUAG